UAAUACUAAUAUUGAAGUCUCAAUUCUUUUCAUCACUUGGAAAUAGUAGGAAAGAAAAGAAAAGAAUCAAGAGAGUACUAAUGUAUUUGUGUAGGGGAACCAUUCUGCUAAAAUGUUUUACAUUAAUCAUCUUUCUGCAAACAUGCAAUGCUAGGAAAAGCAAACACCAUUACUGUCCCCCUUCUGCUUGUGGCCAUAUCCGUAACAUAAGAGACCCUUUCCACUUAAACACUGAUCCAAAAGAUUGCCAUUAUCCAGGAUAUGAAUUAGCUUGUGAAGGUAACCAAACAGUUAUGUGGUUAUUCUCCGAGAAGUUGCACGUUCAAGGCAUCGAUUAUCAUAACAAGAAAAUUCGCCUGGUAGAUCCAACUUUACAAACACAAGAUGAUCUAUGCUCUUUCAGACCUCAGUUUAACAUCAACCAGUACUAUAGUGUCAUUGACUUACAUUAUUAUACUUGCGAUUAUUCUAAAACAUUUUUGGAUCCCAUCUUCUUGCUCAACUGUCCAUUUGCUGUUAAUAAUUCCGCAUUUGUGGAAAUUAGUGGCUGCAAAUUAAGCAGAUACACGUAUUUAAAGAUUGGAGAAACGAAAGCAUCAGAAGUCAAUGAUGGAUGCAGAGUACAAUUUAUAGGCCUGACCUCAUGGCCUAAUAUUAAAGAUGCAGAGAACAACAUUUCCCUUUCUGAUUUUCAUCAAGCAAUCCUCUACGGAUUUGAGCUUCGUUAUUAUCUAUGGCGUUCUCCAGAAAACAUAAGUGAUAUUGAACGGAUUUUCAGUGAGGACUCAACCUUUUCUCUACAUAUACUUUUAAUUUUUUAA